UAUGCCGCCUCAGCUUUGUGUCCAUUUAGUCUGAUAAGCAACACAAACCAAAAGAACAUUAACAUUGAUAGAAAGUUGUUAGUCGGAUUAGUAAACAUUUAGUCGAACGGAAUGGGCUGUUUAGAGGAAAUUCUGGUAUUUUGGCAACUUUUGUAAUACGAAAGUAGCCUGAGAGUCUACAAUCGGGGCUUUAUUUAUUCCACGCAUGCUAUUUUAAAUAACUACAGAAAUCAGUGCCAUCCUUUCUAAAUAGCCAUGAAUAGUUGAAACAGAGUUUAAAUGAUUUGCGUCAUUCCUGAGACUUCAAAUUUACGUAAAUAAAUGACUGUUUAAAGCGACGCUUAUAAUGAUUUGUUGUAACGUUAAAAAGUAGUAUUGGCUAUGCUAACUUUAGUGUUAGCCAUUAAGCUCCGCCUCUUACGCUAACGUGAAGUUCCACACAAACCCCUGCAGAGAUUGUAGCUGAGGUUGGGGACAGGGAAUUGAACCCUCUGUGGCGGUGGUUUGUUGUCUGGAGUACCAUGGUGACGUGUGUUGUCUUUAGUUUGGUGGUUUUCAAGGCAACAGAGGACUCGGACGAGCAAGAGAACGGAUUACAUUUCAACUCCAGUAUAAAUCUGUGUUUCUUCUCUGAAGCCUAAGGAACUACUGUAUUUCAAGGAUCUCCUCUCGACACACAGCUGACAGCGUCGGUUUGUCAGUUUAUGAAAUAAUUAUUUAUACGAAAGACGAUGAAGAAAACAGACGUUGGUGGAGCAGGAGGAGGCGGAUGAACAGUAAUGAGAGGCGACAUCAUGGCGCGACGAACAAACUCAGGGAUCGAGGCCGAGUCGUUACCGCUGAUGGACUUCGUAGACAGUUGCACGGAGUCGUGCAGCAACAGUGAAAUCUUUGAUAUCAGUCCUCAAGAAUUUAAAAUGGAGGAGCAGGAAGUGGACGAGGACGAGGAGGAGGAGGAGGUGCAAGAGCUUGACAAGAAAGAAAAAAACAUAAAACAGCAAGACUUUAAGAAACCAUCUUCAUUCACAGAGCUGAGGACACCUGGAGGCAGGAGGAGGACUCCUGAAUCACCCAGAAAUUUGUUUGUGCGCAAGAUACCAGACUUCUCAAAAGUGGCCCCCAGAGUCCUCUUCCCCAAAGACAACGUCCUACGCAGCGUGAGCAAACGCCCCCCAGUGUGGGACUCUCUGUCUCCAGACUUUCCCCAGAAUCCAGCAGCUUUUGCCAGAGAUGUUCUCCUGAACACCAUUGACGGAGCCUCCAACAUCAAGGUGCAGCAGGCCAUAGCUCUGGUGGAGCAGCUGCAGGAAAACUACGACAGACUGCUGACUAAACACGCCGAGGCAGAAAACACCAUUGAUCGCCUGCGUGUGGGAGCGAAGGUGAAUCUGUUCUCAGAACUUCCAAAGCCCAGUCCAGUGGUUCAGUCUGGACUCAACUUCAACCCUUCCAAGUUGGUGACCUUGGACUUUCCCCGAGCUCAGAGAGUGGAGCUGCACUCAGAUUCCCCUCAAGCAAAUGAACAAGGUGCUCAUAAGGAAAUGAACUUCAGCAAGGGAACACAGAUCACUCCUGAGGUUCUCCGCAGUCAGGCGGAAAAGUUCUUCCAUCAGCUGUACUCUUUUGAGGAGAUCUUGAAAAACGAUUCCUGUCAGCCUGUUAAACAGAUCAAGGGCCUCCUACAAGUGGUGGAGGAGCUCAACUCUCUGGAGAGAGGUUAUCUGUUGGCGAUGGAUGAGGACGCGCUCCGACAGCAGCGAGGAGAAGAAACAAAUCCUUUUGAUCGAGAACGGGACCUGGAGCAGCUGAUCGGUCGGUUUCGUCUGCACGUGGAGGGGCUGAAGGAGCAGGUGGAGGAGAUGCUUGUGGAGGAGUCUAAGUGUGAGGCUACUCAGUCGUCACCUCCCCAACCUCCUCCUCUAUCUGUUCCCUCAGAAGAGGAAGAUGAUGAGGAGGUGGAGGAGGAGGAGGGGCAGGAAAGUGACAGACACCCAAAGGUACCAUCUCCAGUAAGACUCCCUCAGUCAGGGAUGUCUAUCCGUUUGUUUGUUUGUCAAGUCAUUUUGGAUUUGCCUUUUAAAAAGAAAACUUGUAAAGAAUUUCAGGUUUUGGAAGAAUCGUGUUACUAAUUGGUUUUCUUUCCACUACGUUGCCUUCCAUCAGAGGCCUGUACUACGAAGGUGGCUUAACAUACCCAGGCUUUGUGUUCAAUGUCUAGCUUAACAAAACCUAAACCCCCUAAACAGUUAAACAGUUCCACGAUGCCGGUUAUUAACUUGCUUUGUCAAGUGAGAUUAGUGUGCAUGUUCAAAUAAAAAGGGAUGUUCCACAUAAUUUUAACCAACGUCCGUGCAAAAUGCAUGCAGGGAAAACAUAUUUCAAAGUUGUGAGAGCUAUAUAAAAAGACCAUCAAUCUGCCAAAAGCAGCACUCUUGCUCCCAUCAAGGAAAGGGAGGUGUGCUGAUGAACACCGAUUCAUAUGAAAAUACUCCCCUUAGUGUUUUUAUUUCUGAAGCUCAGUAUUGUGCAACGUCUACACAUUAUCCCCUUAUUCAUUUGAAAAAAUAAACUAAAUGCUGCCAUCAGAUUGCUGCCCGGAUUAUUCCUGCUCCUAUAAUACUAAAUAAACAGUUCAUAAACUUUUGUGAAAGUUGAAUCAGAAACGCAACACUGCUGCUUCAAUCCUACUGCACAUGCC